GCCGGUGCACGCGCGCAUACGCGUCAAUACACUCGGUGCGCAUAGUAUCUCGCGGACGCGCCGAACGUGGUGGAUUUAUGCCCGGCGACAAGUGGUAGUCGUUGACGAUUUUUCGACCAAUACACUGUUAAAUUUACAAACGCCCCAGCCGUCUCUCGCGCGAAUACUCUCCGCGCCGUUUCCGUCUCUCCAAUUCAACAAACAAACAUUUUUUUUUUAGUUGUAUAAAAAUAUUGUACAAGUAUAAUUAUUCGAUUUUAUAUUACUUUAAUUCGGUGUAUUGUUUUCAAUUUAUUUUCGCUAUCGGUAUUCAUUUAUUUAUCCGUUAUAAUUAAUAAGUGCGGUGGUGAAGUGCGACUGGACGAGUGCGUACACAUUAUUGCGUCUGUGCGAGAGUCUCCAGCAAAUUUAUACUCGGCAAAUAUUUGCAGGCGCAUACCUACCGCGAUUGUUUAUGAAACGUCCACGCGAUUCUUUUUGAUUGCUGUAACAGUGAACAAAUUCGAAAAAGUUUUUUUUUUUUUUUUUUAAUUAUACUCGGUAAACAAAUUUGACCUUGUGAAAAAUAGCUAUAAUUUUUAUAAUUUUUACUCGGGGUGAAUGACCGUCGACGAGGACUCGCCCUUUAAUGAUCAACAGGGUAGAAUUUGACCGUUACCAUUAUCGACGUACUGCAGCAGCCACAAACCAGACACAUCGGUCCGAUAUACGGAGCGAUAUUCAAAACAGUCCAUCGUCACCGAUUAAAACCGCUGGUAGCCAACAGUCUAGGUAUUAUGCGAUUUUCGUACAUGUCGGUGCUUCAUCGGUCGAGAUGAAAUCGUCAGACGACGACAAGCACUGUGUCGGUCCUCACAAACCACAAAUUCCAACCGAUUCUUGGAAGAGUGCUGGAUGAUAGUGUCUGUCGGGGCGGUGAGUCUGUAGAACCACCCCAACUGGAUCCCGAGUGGCUGAGGGCGGAGACGAGCGGCGACCCCGUAAUGCGGCUGUCCAACGGCAGCGAAGGGACUACCGAUUCAAUGGUGGAAAUGUUGCAGUUUAACGAGCAUUUCCUGGACGAGGAUGGUGCUAAAUUCAUGUUGAACCCCGCGGAGCUGGACGAUCUAUUGGGACGCGAUCAGUACGCUGCCGACGGUUCACCGAUCGUAGUGUCCGCGCAACAACAACACCACCACGGUCAUCACCACCAUCAUCACCAGCAACAGCAGCCGAACAACGUUGAUCAGCCUAAUACGAAGCCGGCUUCGAAUUUCGCCGACCUCAAACCGCUGAUGCCGUUCCACACGAUCACUGAGCGCGUCAAUAUCAACGGUAUACCGGGCCACCAUUACCAGUCGAUCGCGUCCAAUAACCGGGUGGCCGAGAACAACAACAAUACGGCCACGGCCAAUAACAACAUGUACUACCAAAACGAAUACCUGGUCACGUCAUCCACAAAUUCGGGGCUGACCAAGUUCAAAGAGGAGGAUACGUUUGUCGACAAUCAGUUCGACGAGUUUGAGAUGCUAAUGGGCAGUCCGUCGUUUGGUCCAGACACCACAGUGACGGCCAGCGGUGACCACGCGGCCGUGGACGGGCCGGACGAGUGGCUAAGCGUGGGUGAUGAGUGGGCCUCGUACGAGCACCCGAAUGGCUCACCGCAAGACAGUAAGUCCGGCAUACUGGCCGACGUCACCAUACACGACCUGGUGGCCAGUUCACAGUUCCCUGGCAUGCCUAACGGCGUGGGUACAGGCGCCACCGGUGGCGGAGCGAGCACAGGUGGUGGGGGUGGUUACCAUCAGCAGCCACCAUCCAUGCAGCAGAAGCCAAACAUGUACCAGCAGCCGCAGCAGCCACCCCGCGAGCUGGUCACGUCCAACGUACCACCGUCGGCACCCCGUCCAGCGGCCGCGGCGUUCAUGCCACUGUUGCAGAGCCGUCUGCAAAACGGGCCGGCCAACAAGGCGCCGCUGCAAGACGCGGGCAGCUAUCACAUGGACUGUGCGUCGUCACCUUCGUCGUCCACCCCGUCGUACCUAGCGCACAGCCCGACCAGCCAUGUGGUCAGCACCACCGACCUAGGCGGGUACCUGCCGUCCGCGGCCGCGGUGCACAGCUCGCGGCCAUCGCCCGAGUUCGCGCACACCACUACACCCGGUCAGGGUGCGCACAUGGUGACGAAAAAGUCGCGCAACAGGAGCGGCAAGACCAAGGGUAGCGGAGGUGGUGGUGGUGGCGGAGGAGGCGGGAGUGGGUCAACCGCCAGGAGCACCGUGGUAUACUGUUCGGACGGCAACGUGGCCAGGGAACGAACGGUGCACAACUGUCACAUAUGCAACCGCGGGUUCUUGAACAAGAGCAACAUCAAAGUUCACCUGCGCACGCACACGGGCGAGAAACCGUUCCGGUGUGAGGUUUGCCAGAAAGCGUUCCGGCAGAAGGCUCAUCUUAUCAAGCACGCACAGAUACACAAACGGAGCGGCAGGGAUUGAGCAGCCGCGACCGACUACACGGUGCACUGCGCAGUCCUUCUCGCCGGGCUCUACUGUCCUUCCAUUACGCCACCCGUCCUGCGUCGAAUAACUCUUCGCACAGAACACCGCGAAAAAUGCAGGUAUCAAAUAUUACGUUUACAUCACGUUACGUUGUCGACACGCGCGUAAAAUGUGUUUUAUUGUUUUCGUUAUUUCACUCUAUCUCCACCGGCAACCUCCGUUAUCGUUCCGCAUUCUACAUACCUCCCUAACCCCCCCCCCCACACAC